AUGCCCGUCAAAAGCGUCGCGGUCAUCGGCGCUGGCCCCGCUGGCGCCAUUGCCGUCGAUGCGCUCAUGCAGGAGCGCGCAUUCGAUGUAGUCCGCGUGUUCGAACGACAAGAGAAGGCUGGUGGAUGCUGGGUCGCGCGAGAUGAAUCGCCCAUCCCCCUGGACAUCGACAACCUGGCCGCGCGCACCGCCGACGCGCCCAUCCCCAUCCCCUCCAACCUCCCUUGCCGUCGCCCAGCCAUCACCCAGCCGCGCUUCACCGACUCCCACGUCUACCCUACCCUGGAAGCCAAUGUCGACGCGGCCGUCAUGGCGUACUCGCAGGAGCCUAUGCCGGAGAUCCGCUCGCAGCGCUCCAUCGCCCUCCACGGGCCGGACACGCCGUUCCGCCACCACACCGUCGUCAGGCAGUACAUCGAGGACCUGCUCAACCGGCACGGCUACCAGGAUCUCGUGCAGUACAACACCACCGUCGAGCACGCCGCCAAGGACCCGCAGGGCAGGUGGGUGCUGACCCUGCGCCGGCCCGAGUCCGCAGACCUCGACGCCUGGUGGACGGAGACAUUCGAUGCCCUCGUCGUGGCGUCGGGCCACUACUCCGUGCCGUGGGUGCCGGCCAUCAACGGGCUCCAGGAGUUCGCGGAGAGAUACCCCGGCAGCGUACUGCACACGAAGCAAUAUCGCGGGCCGGAGAAGUACAUCGGAAAGAGAAUCGUCACCGUCGGCGCCUCCGUCUCCGCCGCCGACACGGCCGUCAGCCUCAUCGACCACGCCCAAGCCCCCAUCCACGCCGUCGUCCGCGGCAAAUACAACAUCUACUUCGGCGACGAAGCCUUCAACCACCCCCAGAUCCAGCGCCACCCACCCAUCACCCACGUCGACCCGGCCACCCGCACCGUCUGCUUCCAAGACGGCGCCUCCGUCCCCGCCGUCGACCACAUCAUCCUCGGCACCGGCUUCACCUGGACCCUCCCCUUCCUGCCCCACGUCCCGCUCCGCAACAACCGCAUCCCCGACCUCUACCUGCACAUCUUCCACGCCGCCGACCCGUCGCUGGUCUUCCUCGGCGCCGUCGGCGCAGGCCUCACCUUCAAGGUCUUCGAGUGGCAGGCCGUCGCGGCCGCGCGCGUGCUGGCCGGCCGUGCCGCGCUGCCGUCCGCCGAGGAGCAGCGGCGGUGGGAGGCCGAGCGGAUCGCGGCCAGGGGCGACGGGCCGGCGUUUACGGUGCUGAAUCCGGAUUUCGAGGCGUAUUUCGAGCAGCUGCGCGCGUUGGCGGGGGAGCCGGCGGAGGGCGCGCCGGGGCGACGCUUGCCGCCUUUCGAGCAGAGGUGGCUGGAUGAUUUUAAUGCCGGGCAUCAGCGGAGGAUUCGGAUGUGGGAGAGGCUGAAUCGGACUCAGAAGCAGGCGAGUCGGUUGUGA